AUGAGUGCGAGGACAUUGACAAACGUCGUCAACGACCAAACGGUCGCCUUGAACGCCCUGAUCUAUGGAUACGCUGGGCACAGCCUCGUCACCCCGCAGCACGCUCUCCAGCAAAUAUGGUGGACCGAGGAGCGAAUCAACGAAAAGGUCAACCAUGACUUCGUCACUUCAAGGCUACAACCGAAAGAGAGAGAACGUCUCACACAACCUGUCGGCUUCGGCGAUCUGAGCGACGACACCUACAUCGAAUGGAUUCUGGAGAAAGCAAGACGACUUUUUCUGAUAUUGGUCGAGAUUGGUGAAGCGGAUAGGAUCUUCGCUGUCGUUGACAGAUCGUGGGACGACGAUGAUUUACCUCUGGAAAUGGACGAUAUCGAGCAGCUUUCACUUUCCAAUCGCCGCGAUAACCACGCCGAUGCUCGCUUCUACCACACACAAUUCACAUUCCUCCUAAGAGAAUUGCGGGAAGGCAUACAUAUCGAUUAUGCGCCCAACGAGGAAAUACCGGUCGAGAACGUAAUGUCUCUGCCAGUAGCAGUGAGCUUACAGGCUUGGCAGCGUAUGCACCUACCGAAGAAGCCAAAGGAGAUUUACGUCCGCAGGCGAUUUCCGCUGGGCGACCCAGAAACACCGGAUGCGUUCGAAGAGGACUUCAAGAUGGAUGUCGAAAGCGCAAGGAUGGUCGAGCAUGAGCAUCUUGCGCCGAUCUGGGCCUCGUAUACCUCCAAAGGCGUUGGUUACAUCGUCACCAACUUUGUAGGGCAGCAUACUCUUCGCACUUUCAUUGAUCACCGCAACCCGACUCAGUACCAGAAGCUGUUGAAGCCUGACCGGAGAUGGCUGGUACUUAAUUGGCUGCACUGUCUGGCAGACGCCAUUGCAACGCUGCAUCAAAAUGGAUUCUGCCACUCCGCCAUUCGACCGUCAAACAUCCUCAUUGACGAGCAGAAUGCGAUAGCAUUUAGCGACAUCGGUAGCCUUGAGACGUUUCAAAAAGACAAGAAGCCCGACGCAAUGGACGCCUACGUAUACAGUGCGCCAGAAACACACAUGAGCACAGGACCUUUCGACCCCAAUGACCCUGCGCCUUCACCCACUAUCCCAAACGGUCGACAUGCUUCGAUGAUUAGCAAGAGUUCGUCGGGGUCAUCUGGCAGUAAUAACUCACAACGGCAGAAGCUUACCAAAGCACCUACAACAGACUUCUCUGGUUUCAACUUUGGAUUCAAGAAGUCAAAGGCGAAGCCUACACCGAAGAAACGGUCGCGAGUACACGAGACUGAGAAGGCAGAUGUGUUCUCGCUUGGUUGUGUUUUCCUGGAGAUCAUCACAUUCAUGCUGAAGAAGAAACCUCACGACUUCGUCAAGCACCGAACAUCGAAGCAAAGGACCAAUACUGGCGGCAAGAACUCUCGAACAGAUUCAUCAGACUUGGAUGAACUCACUCGAAAAGGCUUCAUUUGA